AUGGAUCUCAGUUCAUUUAAUGAGCCCCUCGACCCCCCAGCACCCGCCCCGCCGUUCCUCAGAGGCCUGCCUCUCCUCAGGGGUCCUUUCAAAGAGGCGGCAGGGCCCGCGGUCAGCAGCGCGCACGGGCCAACCAAGCUGCGCCUGCGCGAGAAGCGCCUCCGCGUGACUGACGGGGGAAUGCGCGGGCCAACAGGCUGGGCAUCAGAGCGCCGGGCGGGGGAACCUCGCCUCUCUCGUCCUUCCCCCCUCGGUCCGCCGGAGCCUUCUGGGGCGAGCGCGGCGGGGGCCGCGGUGUUACCGGUGAAGAAGCCGAAAAUGGAGCACGUCCAGGCUGACCACGAGCUUUUUCUCCAGGCCUUUGAGAAACCAACGCAGUUCUAUAGGUUUCUUCGAACGCGAAAUCUUAUAGCGCCAGUAUUUUUGCAUAGAACUCUUACUUACAUGUCUCAUCGAAACUCCAGAACAAACAUCAAAAGGAAAACAUUUAAAGUUGAUGAUAUGUUAUCAAAAGUAGAGAAAAUGAAAGGAGAGCAAAAAUCUCAGAGCUUGUCAACUCAUCUGCAGCUUACAUUUACUGGUUUCUUCCACAAAAAUGAUAAGCCAUCACAAAAUUCAGAAAAUGAACAAAAUUCUGUUACCCUGGAAGUCCUGCUUGUGAAAGUUUGCCACAAAAAAGGAAAGGAUGUACGUUGUCCAAUAAGACAAGUUCCUACAGGUAAAAAGCAGGUGCCUUUGAAUCCUGACCUCAAUCAAACAAAACCUGGAAAUUUCCCGUCCCUUGCAGUUUCCAGUAAUGAAUUUGAACCUAGUAACAGCCAUAUGGUGAAGUCUUACUCAUUGCUAUUUAGAGUGACUUGUCCAGGAAGAAGAGAGUUUAAUGGAAUGAUUAAUGGAGAAACCAAUGAAAAUAUUGAUGUCAAUGAAGAACUUGCAGCUAGAAGAAAACGAAAUCGUGAAGAUGGAAAAACAUUUGUUGCACAAAUGACAGUAUUUGAUAAAAACAGGCGCUUACAGCUUUUAGAUGGGGAAUAUGAAGUAGCCAUGCAGGAAAUGGAAGAAUGUCCAAGAAGCAAGAAAAGAGCAACAUGGGAGACUAUUUAUGAUGGGAAGGUAUGGACUACUUAG